GGUUUCUGUUUAGCUGAGGGGAAAGGGUGGGAAGGGAGAGCCCUGCCCCUGGAGGUGUCCAAGGCCAGGUUGGAUGGGGCUUGGAGCAACCUGAUCCCUAGGAGAUGUCCCUAUCCAUGGCAGGGGGUGGAACUGGGUGGGCUUUAAGGAACCUGGUCCCUAAGAGGUGUCCAUGUCCAUGGCAGGGGAUGGAACUGGAUGGCCUUUAAGCAACCUGGUCGCUAGGAGAUGUCCCUGUCCAUGGCAGGGUGUGGAACUGGAUGGGGCUUGGAGCAACCUGGUCCUUAGGAGGUGUCCAUGUCCAUGGCAGGGGGUGGAACUGGAUGGCCUUUAAGCAACCUGGUCGCUAGGAGAUGUCCCUGUCCAUGGCAGGGUGUGGAACUGGGUGGGCUUUAAGCAACUUUGUCCCUAGGAAGUGUCCCUGUCCACAGCAAGGGGUGGAACUGGAUGGGGCUUGGAGCAACCUGGUCCCUAGGAGGUGUCCAUGUCCAUGGCAGGGGGUGGAACUGGGUGGGUUUUAAGCAACCUGGUCCCUAGGACAUGUCCAUGUCCAUGGCAAGGGGUGGAACUGGGUGGGCUUCGAGGUCCCUUCCAGCCCAAACCAUUUUGUGGUUCUAUGAUCUCCUGUCUCUGUUCAGCAUUACAACCAGUUUUAUCCUCUUCAAGGUCCCACCAUAACUGAAAAGUAGUGGAGUUGUCCAGGCACAGUAAAUCUCAGCCCCGAGAGCCGGGAGACCCACCUGCCCCACAGCUUGACAGGUUUCUGACAGAUGAUCUCUUCAGAGGGAGCGUUGUCCACUGCCAACAGCCAGUCCUGGCUUUUUCAUAGAAUCACAGAAUGUUUUGACUUGCAAAGGAAUUUAAAGCCCUUUCAGUUCCAACCCCACUGCCACGAGCAGGGACACUAGAUCAAGUUGCUCAAAGCGCCAUCCAACCCAGCCUUGAACACCGGGCCCUUUCCGAGGGCCUGGCAAAUCGAAGAUUCCUCCCAGUCUCAGUAGUUGUGCUUGCCUCACGGUGCAGAGGCAUUUUCUGGGACAAGCGAGUCCAAGCCUCAGCUGAUGACACUUUAAAUUGCGCUGAAAAUACAGAAGUGUCUCCAUUUGUGCUCCGGGAAAGCAUUGCUCAGCGGGAGAGCCUGUUCAGCCACAGGUAAAGGCUGAACCGAUAAACAUGCAGUCCAGCCGGGAAAGGCAGAAACUGAGAUGUCAUUGUGCUGCCGGCUGAAGGGGGUAAGCUGAUGAUAGAACCCUCACCUGGGAGGAAGGAAACCAUCUUCUGACAAGGGUACUUUGGUCUAAAAAGACAUUCCCCCUCACCAGCCUCUGACCGAGGUUCUCCCCAAAGCCUAUCAGAAAACGCCACUUCCUCAAUACUGAGGUAAAUGAGGCCGUGUGGGUCCUUUCCUGCUGCCACCAGUGGCAGGCAGAUUUCUCCCUGCCGGAGCAGAAUAGUUUUCCCAGCUCCCUUGGGAGCAGCCGACUCCAAGCGAUGCCGUACGCAGCCGUGCUCAGUAGUUAGUGUGUGGUUAUAUUUUUUCCUCCUUCUUUUUCCGCACGUCCCCAGCUGACCCGCUGAGAAAGGGCUGGCCGGCCUCUGCCCCAGCCUGGCCUCGCUGCCUCCGCAGGGGUGUUUCACCUCACAAGGGGUGCCCACGCACCCUGCCUUCGCUUCCCUUCCUUCAGGGAACGCUUUGGGGUUCGUGGCUUUAGAAACUGGUGGUUUGGGAAGAUGAUGAGAUUACCGGCUCCCCGGUCCUGUAAGCGUUUGCGUACCCUCGGCGUGGUUUCGUCUGCGGGAGUGUUCCUGAGCGAGACGAGGAAAACCCUGCGUAUGUUUAAAUGCAGCCAGAGAUAACAGCCCUGUGAGAGAGGAAAUGACUUCUUCGGGUUAUUUGAACUUCCAUUUUUUUGUUUUAAUGACCAUCACUGCAACGCAAACACCGUGCAGACAGCAGAAGAAGAUUGAUUUGAUAAGAUUCCGUGUUUCCUUGUGGUUUGGGGUGGGACAUCAUGUUAGCUAAGCCUGCAAAACGGAGAAUGACAAAGCUUGGCAUUCUGGAUUGUGCCGGGGAGAACCCUGUUCCUCCGUGCCAUACUUUUUCUUUUCUUUUUUCCUUCUAAAGGGGAAGGGGGCAAAAAAGUUUUCAGACCUUCUUACUACAUCAGAAGAAAAAAGGAGAACAAGAAGACACCAGCCCCAUUUCUUCCCCUUGCAUGUUGCUCGCAACGUUACAGCCUGCUAUAUAUUUUCUGCCGUGUGUCAGAAAGACCACAUAUGAUGAAUAUCUUGGGUUCGAUGAUGUACUUAAGAUGCUUUGAGGUCAGUCAGAUGUGUGCCGGUCAGCUUUUGAAAACUCUCUCCGGAGGGCUGAGGCCCCAGCGUCUCCUUCCCGAUUCCUGUUCUAUAAAGGAGGAAUAACAAUAUUCCUUUCCCCUUUUCACAGUGCUUAAAAGGGUGGCACACCUGCAAGCGGGACAGCCAUGGAGAAGAGUGGGAACAUUCAACUGGAGAUUCCUGACUUCAGUAACUCUGUCCUGAGCCACCUGAAUCAGUUGCGCAUGCAGGGUCGCCUGUGUGACAUCGUGGUCAACGUGCAGGGACAGGCUUUCCGCGCUCACAAGGUGGUGCUGGCCGCCAGCUCGCCCUACUUCCGCGACCACAUGUCCUUGAACGACAUGAGCACCAUUUCCAUUUCUGUCAUCAAGAACCCUUCUGUUUUCGAGCAGCUCCUUUCCUUUUGUUACACCGGUAGGAUAUGCCUGCAGCUGGCGGACAUCAUCAGUUACCUGACGGCCGCCAGUUUCUUGCAGAUGCAGCACAUCAUAGACAAAUGCACACAGAUCCUCGAAGGAAUUCAUUUCAAAAUUAAUGUGGCAGAGGUGGAAGCGGAAUUGAGCCAGACCAGGACAAAGCAUCAGGAGAGACCACCGGAGUCUCACCGGGUGACGCCAAAUCUAAACCGUUCUCUAAGCCCGCGUCACAACACCCCGAAGGGGAGUCGCCUGGGUCAGGUUAGCACAGUGCUGGACAUUCGGGAGCUCAGCCCGCCCGAGGAGUCCACCAGCCCCCAGAUAAUUGAGCAGAGUUCAGACGUGGAAAGCAGGGAGCCCAUACUACGGAUUAACAGGGCGGGACAGUGGUACGUUGAGACGGGAAUGGGAGACCGCGGGGGACGGAAUGACGAUGACGUCCGGGUGCUGGGAGGAGUACGCAUUAAAAUGGAGAACCUGGAGGAGUGGCUUGGGGCAGAGCAUCAGCCGUCGGGAGAAGAUGGGAGCAGCGCCGAGGAGGUCACUGCUAUGGUGAUCGACACCACGGGCCACGGCUCGAUGGGCCAGGAGGCCUAUGCAUUAGGAUCCUCUGGGGCCAAGGCGGUCAGGCCAACCAGCAGCGAGAUUGACAGAUUUAGCCCUUCUGGCAGCAUGGUUGCUGUGACUGAGCGGUACAGAUCAAAAAGCGAGUCUCCCGGGCGGAUGGAUGAGCCCAAGCAGCCCAGUUCCCAGGGGGAGGAAUCGGCCAUGCUUGGAGUGAGCGGUUAUGUGGAAUAUCUCCGGGAGCAGGAGGUUUCAGAACGCUGGUUCCGGUACAACCCACGGCUCACUUGUAUUUACUGCGCCAAAUCCUUCAACCAGAAAGGCAGCCUGGACCGGCACAUGCGUCUCCACAUGGGCAUCACGCCUUUUGUCUGCCGCAUGUGUGGGAAGAAGUACACCCGCAAGGAUCAGCUGGAGUAUCACAUCCGCAAGCACACGGGCAACAAGCCCUUCCAUUGCCACGUCUGCGGCAAAAGCUUCCCUUUCCAGGCCAUCCUCAAUCAGCACUUUCGCAAGAACCACCCUGGCUGUAUGCCUCUGGAGGGGCCUCACAGCAUCUCCCCCGAGACCACCGUCACGUCUCGGGGGCAGGCGGAGGAAGAGUCUCCUCCUCAGGAGGAGGCUGUUGCUGUGGGCGAGACGGCACAGGGCUCUGUGUCCACGACUGGGCCGGAUUGAAACACGGCUACAGAGUCUUGGGGAGAAAGGACCGUCUUCCCGUCUUUGGCUCUAAAGAGUCAGCACCAACCUGGCAGGCUGGUACUGUAAUUAGUGCAAUGCCACCACUGGACAGAAAGAAGCUCCCAAGAUGUUGCCAAAAUUGCAAAAUCUUUCUCUCCCUCUCUCUCUUUCUCUCCCCAACACCCCCACACACACAUGUAGUGUCAAAAGUUUUUCUCCGUUAUUGCUCCUCCUCUUGGAGAAAAGCAAACCGACUGUGUCAAUCAACUUCUUAUUCAGGGAUCGACAGGAUUUUAAAUUUUUUUAAUGUUCCGUAGUGAUCUGGGACGAGCAGUCAUUUGUAUUUCUCGGCAGCGCUUUGACCUAGCAGCUCGGUCCUGUGGCCACCAGCGGUGUGGGUGCCCGGGGCCGCUCCUCGCCACGUCUGCUGGUCCGGCGCAAGGGGAGAGCAGGGGCAAGGGGCCGUUGCCUUCCUCCGUUCCCCAGGUAGCUGCCACGUUAAAGAAGAAAAGACUGUCCUGGUGGAACCUGCCUUGCCCGAGUCUGUUUAUCCCUGUCUUAUUUUUGGUGUGUCUCUUUCUACAUUUUUACUUAAGCUAUGAUUUUAGGGCUUUUGGCUUGCCUGUUCCAGGUGUGCGGCCUCAACGCCCUCAACGUGGGCACGGCUAUAAAGCGAUAUUCUAGAGGUCAGCAAAAUUGGAAGCGCUUCGGCUACUGGAAGUGAAGUUUAGCAGCUGUGAGGUUUACAUUAACCUCUGACGCACUGGGAGAAGGGUUGGAGGGGUCUUUUGGAGGAGGUUGUCCUUUGCCGUUGCUGAUCUGGAGAGUUCAGAGCACUGUGACAGCCUGAGCGCUGCGCUGCCACGCUUCAGGUUUGCCGAGCGUUAGGAAGUGUUUUUCCGGACUGGCUGAACUGCGGAGUUAGAGGCUGGCUACCAAAGUCGUCCUUCACCCCUGCUCCCCCCUCAACACGCACUUGAUCUUUUCUAACAGCAAUAUGGUGUACUGAAAUACUAUCGUCCCAGCCAAGCAAUCAUGGGUGGUUGCUUUUAAACGUCUUUCUACAAACUAGUUUGAUAACUUUUUUAUCAAUGAAAUGCAAAAAGAAAGGAAAACCCUACUUUAUUUCCUCACAAAGGUUCAGGAAACUUAAAAGUGAACGGUUCCUAGAGCAAUCACAACACUGUCCCCUUGCAUGGACUUAAACUUUUGCAUUGUAAGCAGCUCUGAUGUUUGGAGCAAGUUAAGCAAACCCGGAGAGACAUGCCUGCGUUGUGUAUUGUGGGUGUUUGCACGUGCUUACGUGUUUCAUAAACGGAGAAGCAUGGGACAGGUAGAUAAGUGCAAAUAUCUUGACAUCUUUUAAAGAAGUCUUUUAAGAAAUAUGCAAUACUUUAAGAGUUUUCUCUGGUUCUGAUACCGAGUUGUUCAUGAUGGAGGGGGAAAACGAACAACAGGUCACGCAGAUUGGGUUUGGGAGAGGACGUUUAGUUGAAGGAGUUGUCUUGAGGAUGUUUAACCUGUACAAUAAGGAAGGGUGAAGUUCUGAUCCUUCAGGUGAUGGGAGGAACAAGGAGACAUUGAAAGAGGCGUACGCUUCAUCUUGCUCUGGCAAAGCCAGGCGAGCGGUUACAGUGUGCUCUUGGUGGGCAGGAGACUCGCCAAGUGAAACUAAAGCCAGCCCUGCAGUCUGACUGCACAAUUUUGGGUGCAAUUUUGAGACGGAAACAUCUCCAGCCCUCGCUUUCCCCACCUGCAGAUUGGAACUGGGGAUCAUUUUCGUGUCCCUUUAGAGGGAAGAAUUUGGAGGAGGGUGGUCUAUUCUUGCCUCGCUUUAUGUAUUUUCUUUUUCAUAAGUGAGAGGUCUCACUGUUCCUCCCAUGUCUCUCUGAAAAAGCAGAUGUGGCUCUACUGGGUGUGGAGAAGGGAAGGGCUUGAUGCCAGGAUCACGUGCCACAAGGAUGUGCUCCUAAGAGAGGAACCUUCGCAGGUCUUCUGUGGCAGGCACCCACAAAGUACUGUUUCAUUGACCAUUUCAAACAGGAAAACUGAUAUUUCACCUCCGUUUUCCUUCUGUUCCUUCUCCCUCCUCUCCUGUCAAGUGCAUCGUCACACAGUGAAUGAUCUAAGCGACCGCCUGAGGGACCAGACCUGUCGGGUUUCCUGGCGAAGGUCAAACGGGAUUGUACUGGAACAGUAAGGUUGCCAGAGAGCAGUCGCAGAAGAUGAGAGAUAAGAGAGUGGCUGAGGUAGGUUUCGUUGCAAUCGAGGUGUGGGAAGGAGCGGAGCUGGGCAGAGAUGCUGCUUUCAUCAUAGCUUUUGACGUUACCAAAAAGAAAAAAGGUUAAAAACUUUGAAAUCCUAUCCCGUUCACACUAGAGAGCAUCAAAAGUUACUUUUAGUUGCUUAAAAGAUUUUUAAGUGUUUUAAAAUAGAACUUUUAAGAGAAUACUACCAAACUAUAAAAGCAUAAAAUUAUUUAUAUACAUAUAUUAUAUAUUAAUAUAGUGGGAAAGUUUCCCUGCUAAGCUUGCUGUGAAGAGAAGGGUGAAGGUGCAGUAACUGCUAUACAAACAACAUUUCUCUGAGACAGAUGGCAACCGAUCCAUCACAGCGUAGUGAUGAAGGGCUGACGUGGAACAGCGACCGCCUUCAUUCGCAUGGUGUAGCUGUGAGUUUCCUGAGCAGGAUUUUGUUUUACUGUAUUGAUACUGUGAAGGGAGGAGCAUCCUAACAGCCCAGGAUGCCGGCAGUGCGUCCCAUUUUGCUGUUUCACUACUUUCAAUUGGCCUGGUGAAAACCACGGAACUGGUCCUUCGUAUCCUCCUAGGCUAGUCUGAAAACCAAGCUUGUGAAAGGUUUUUAUUUUUGCUUCUUUUACGUUUAUUUUAUUUUGGUGCAGAGGUUGCCACUGUAUAAACGGUCAUUUCUGAUUGCAUGCUAAAGAGCCAAUAUUCUUGCCCGGGCCUCGCUGAGGCGAAGUUUAUAGCUUGUAGCUAGAGUCAGUAUAAGGUAUGGUAGUGGGAAUCAUUUUAAUAUUAUUUCUGUACAUUUAUUGGAUGUGUAUGUGUACGUAUGUGUGGGAGUCAUGCUGUCUCCGAUGUUUUCUUGAACCACGCUGAAAGCAGCGUAGGCUCAUCUGCACUAGAAGACAGAACCAGUUUGGAAGGAGUAAUUUAUCAAACCUUUCUUCCCGUGGUGGAUUUCCUCAGUGCAGAUAAGGCCAAGGUUUGAGAAAAAAAGGGGGUGGAGGUCGUCUUCGGUAUGGAAAAACCUCAUGUGAAUCUUGCGGCAGUGGUGUAGCUACUUAGAGCUGCUUUCCGUAACGGAAUGAUACCAGCUUUCCUUGCGUCUCCAUUGGCAAACCGUGUAGCUCUUUUUGAUGGUUGUGCCGAAGCUGUGGAGACUCAGAUGCCAAGUGCAAAUGCUUCUGUGAUGGGUUGAGGCACGGCUUUGUAUUUCCACGUCCAGCUGCAGCUUUUUCCCCUCUGCCAAAACUGUGAUUUCAACUGUGAUUUAAGGAGGAUGUGAGGAGAACUCUGUCAUAUUUUAAUACCUCUGUACGUAACAUUUCUGUCUGCUUCAGAGUUAGGGCUUACUAACCUGUUUGUUUGCUUGCCUCAGGCAGCAGGGCGAACACACUCUGUUUCUGCAGUUUUUUUUCUCAGAGGGGGAACACAGUUAGUUCUUUGCUGCAGCAGAGAAACCUUCCGAAUGUGAAGUGCUGCGAAAAUCUCUCUGAGCCUGCAGAAAGCCCCGGUGCCAAGUGCCAGUGGAGCAAUUUGACAGUUGCCAUGGCUGUUCCCUGCUGCCGCCAGGCUCCUUGUGAAGAGCUGUGAAAAUAACAAGAAUUGUGUCAAUACUGUGCUGCUGCUUUGGGGAAAAGCUAAGGUCCUUCCUCUCGGGACUGCUGUGAAGCUGAGAGAGGAAAAAGCUGAAGGUCUUUUUGCUCUCUCGCAAUGGGAGAAUGUGAAAGCAAGCCAUGCUUCGUAUUUCCAGCAGCUAAAUAGAGAGGGAUGAAUGAGGAGGCUUUAUGAAAUGUGAAUUUAUAACAGGAGGCUGAGAACACACUUAGAGCCGCAUAAGAAGAGCCAGGGAUCAGCCUGGUAGGAGUUGGAGCAGCCGAUGCAGCUGGGCAGUCCCUCGCUUGUCCUCCCAGCAUUGUCCGGCCAUCAGGUUCAGUCUUUUGCCUUGCCUACACCUUCUCUGCAAUGUGUUCAAGCUAUGAUCUGUAUAAUUUAUCUUUCAGAGGUCUGGGUGGCUGAAGGGCAGGAAGGAUAGAAAGCGGUUUGUAUCUCUGCUGCUCUUUUGAGUCCAGCUGAGGUUGGCAGUGACUGACUCCGCUCCUAUCAGAGCUGAAAUGCGUUUGGAACGAGCUGCGGUCUUGCUGAAAAGCGUAGCAGGGCAGGCUUGGUAGGGAGGGCACGGGGCCAGGAUUUCAGCCCUCGAUGAGAUCAAGGUUGAAAUAAAUGGACAGGACAGUUCUUGCUUGUCCUGCUCUCGCUUUGUGCCAGCGAGGUGACUUUGUUUUCCAGGGCAGGCCAUCCCAUGCCUCCGCGCGGUAGUAAUGUCACUUGUCAGUGUGACACCCAGCUCAGUAAAUGAUUCGAAGCACUCUGGUCUUCGAGCAGAGUCCUUUGGGUGAUCCAACCCUAACGAAGCAUUUGCGAGAGCACAGUUGCAGCUUUUAUUUUCUGCUGACUCUCUCUCUCCCGCAGAACCCGACGUGUAAAUAGAAGCACAGCUGAAAAGGUGCGGUUUAUUUGGGUGGAAGGGAGCUUGUGAGGUAGACCGAGUCAUGCAUCUUUAAACCCAACAAAAAUGAGCACCCCUUAAACUUAUUAUUUAAACUUAAUGAAAUCCUCCUCUUCUAUCCGUGCCGUGCCUGCCAAUUUAGCUGUGCCAGCAUCCAAGUGUUCCUGCAGACCGGUGACACUAAAUGCUGUUCUUGCUCUGCUGGAAAUAUUUUGGGCAUGGGAGAAGUCAUGUGAUUCAUCAAACUACUAAUUUUUGUCAAGGUUUGGGCUCCCGUGGGAGCUGAGCCCACAGCCAGGACUGCGGGCAGAGAGGCCGGGGUCCGUGAUGGAGCUGCCGCUGAUGGCCGGCAUCGACUUGUCUGGCAAUAACCGUGUUCUCAGAGAUGAGCGUUACUUCUGUCGCGAGGUGAGAUCCAUGCGCAGAACUUUGGCGGCGUCAGUGGAAGUCCUAAAGAGGAGCUAAGGACCUCUAUUUUAAUCAUUGUCAGUCAAAGGCUAUUUUAAUAUGAAAUACAUACAUAUAGAUGUAUGUACUUUUAUAUACGUACGUGUAACCAAAUAAAAGCUAGAACUAUGCAAACACUACUGGCUGCUGCUUGAAACUAAUGUCUAGGAGAACAUUAUGGAGUAGAUUUGGAGUAGAUUUGAUGUCGGGCUUUUUUUUGUUUUGAAAUAAAAUGCAGCAGACCAAAGUUUUGCUGCAGUUGGUCUUACUGGAAACUGAGGUGGUUCCUAGUCUGGAACUCAUUCAUUGGGUUCUAAAAUUAUCUGAAGAGUCUUGCCGUCUCUCAAAUAUUUCCGUCUGCCUUAGUAUGAUUGCUGAAAGGCUUUUUUUUGCCAAACAUAGGAAAAGACAGAGCCUGGGACUAGGAGAGAUGGAAUGUGAGGUUUGGGGUGAUGCAGAGAAGCAGAAUCAAGGAAGGACUGGGAGCUUUUUCUUUUGGACAUAGGAUGGAGCCGGCUUCGCAGAAUCUUCUUACUUGUGAGAAUGUCUGUCGCUGAGACGGAGGCAGUGAUCAAAGCGUCUGAAUUCUGGUCCCUCUGGAGGUACCUGAAACCUUCCUGCUGAGUCUGCUGGGAGGAAUUUCAUGUGGUUUCUACCAUUUCUUCAUGUCAGAUCCGAUCUUUGCUUUUAGGAUUAACCUCUAACCGUAAUCUUCAGUGACCCUUUCACUUUUUAUUCCUGGUGACUGUAAAAAAUUCAGGUUUCCUAUACCAUUAUCCUCAUCCCAACUGUGAACAAGUAACUACUGCUUCUUAUAAUUUAUUGUCUUUCUGUUCCUGAACGUCUGUGUGAUCGGGCUGUUUGCCAGCACCACCUUCCAGUGCUUCAUUAGCUUUUAUGCACAGGGAAUUGUUGCAAUGGAUAAGUUGACGGUGCUAGUUGGAAGAGUAGAAGCCUCUGGAGACUGACUUUUGCUUCCUCUAGCUGUCACUAGGGAGUGCACACACACAUACCUGUAUAUACAUACGUAUGUAAACAUAUAUAAAGUGUUUCAGUAUAAAGUCAUUUAGCAUUAUCCUUAUUUAAUUUAUAUUUUAAUCCAGUUGUAAACCAAAGUAUUACAGCUUGUGAAACGAUGUGUCUUGGAAACAGGAGGAACCUUUUUAGAUGGGAGCUCUGAAAAAUCUUCACUGACAAAAACAUGGAAACGAAUAAGACUUUGGAACUGGUGCUGCUGAUUCCUAGAGACCAGCAGCCUUGGAAGGAGUUAGGACUGACUUGCUGGGUUGAGUUUGGUGGUGGGAAAGCAGUGUGGGUUACUACUUUAAAACACUGUUGGCUUUUUCUUUUCCUCAUUCCGUAUAACCUGGAGGAAUCUCUACCCGAGCGGCACAGCAGGGUGCCUGAUGGCGACGAGGUGCGUGGUUGGAGCUAAGAGGGCGAUGUCAGGUAGCACCAUUUGCUCCCAGUGUCCUCAGUUCACAGAUCUGUGUGGAAUUGUGCUGUGUUCAGCUCUGGGCAUCUUGGCAGCGCUCCUGCAGGGAGACGAUCGGUUCCUGGUUUCACUAAGCGCUGUAGAAGCGUGGCUCGGCAGCGCUUCUGCCGCUGGCCUUUUCCAGCAGGUUCACUUGGGAGUCUCUGCCUCCCUGCUGUGCCUGCUGCUCCCAAAACCUGGGGCUUCCAGCCUCCCUCUUGAAUUGGAAUACUUUCCGUGAGCACGAGGACUUGCCUACUCGAAUGCCUCGAGGAAAUCCCGUGCCGGGGAAAAUGAGGCAGGAAUUCAGGUGCGGAUUUGCUGUAUGUGCUCUAACGUGGAUCUAAAGUGAUGUCGUAUGGUCCUCUUCCCAACCCCUUCCUUACAAAUGCAGGCUUUGGGUGCAUUUUGGUAAACACGUGUAGAAAAGCUGGGCCGGGCUGUCUCGGUGCUGGCACUGCUCCUGCUGGCGUCCUCUCUGGCUUGCUGUUCCUCGCUGCCGUAUCCAGCGAGGGCCGGAGACGAGAGGUGCUGCCACCGGACCAGGGACUCCUGGGCUUGGGCUCCUCUCUGCUGUCAGCGUGAUUGAAGCAGCCUGUGAGAAGGGUUUCAGAGCCUUCUGAAGGCUCGGAAAUUGCAGUGUUUUACAUGGUACUUAAUGGUUUUGUAGGAAAACAAGUAUGUUCUAGCUAGAAAAUAAAAGGACUAUAGUCUGGCACAACAGGGAGCUGGAGAGAGGAGAGCACAACACCCACCGCUAAUGUACGUCGUGUCUAAUUUACAGUUUUGGAGAAUGAGCCUUUGCUAUUUACCGAUGCCUAGAGGUCGUUGGGGGUUUUUGGAGAUGCAUGUUCUGCUGUCCUUGAUGGAAAGAAAAAAAUGGGUUUAAAGAUCAAAUCUUGCUGAUUACUGUGUGCCAGGGAGUAAUUGCCUCUCCAAGGAAUUAGCAAAGGCUAAGAACAAAUUCCCCUCUAGCAAUCUCCCACAGGCUUGGCAGCGGCCGUGCUUCCUCCUGCUCUUCUGCUCAGCCCACGCGCUAGAGUCAUUUUUUAUAGAAGGCUUCCCUUCAUCCCUCACAUCGGGCAGGGUGGUGGCCCUUUGGUGAUGGAGUGAAUUCAUUUAAUCCCGCCUGGCAGGAUGAGCGUGUGCUCCCGGCUCCUGGUACAUCGAGCGCUCUGCCAGCCACACGCAGGACGGUUUUUAGCUGCUAGAUCUGGCAAAUGGAACAAGGCCACGAGCUAAUCCAUUUCUAAUUGCAGUCACCAGGUUGACUGUGAGACCCCUUCUGCGCUGCGCGCUGUACCGGUGCAUAGAACAUCAUCUGUCACAUCAAAUUCCUUUUGAUUGAGGCAUCCUGUAAGCAGCCUCAGCGCGAAGGCGCUCUUCGGGGUAUCUGCCAGGAGAAACUGGUCUGGUACCAGCAGCAGGUCCCGUCUGGCUGCUGUGACAAACAGGAAUUGCUGCGAUAAACCAGGCACGCGAACAACAGGAAACAGGCUCAGG